UCUAAUCGAGUCGGAAAACAAAGUCGGAUGUUAGGCUGCGCGUCUCUUCCGAAAUACUGUUAAUUUGUGGACGCUUUUUCGCGAGUGCAGACAUAAAUGAAGCCAACAUAUCUUUAGCUCCAUUACAGACGGGAUCAUCGGGUGUAACCCAUUCAAGCAGUGCUAGUGCAUCGGUUAACAAUUAUAAUUUUGCUCUGCGUCGGCGGAGUGAAAAUGUUGAAUGGACAGUCGCGUCUAACAAAAAAACAAGUACACACAAACAACGAAUGCACAUAAACAAGACGAGACAGCAAACGCAGAAUCGAGUGAAAACCUAUUUUAAAACACAAGAGCUAUAUUUAUUUUGUUGACGCUCAGGAUUUUCGGUCCUCGCAUUUGGGAUGUCUGCGGGUGCGUGUGAGUGCGUGAGUGCGAGUGUGUGGGUUGCAUACCACGGCGAAUGCGAAUAACUGCAAUUGCAAUAGAGAGCAGACACAUACACACAUGCAUAAUUGGAUUAUGGCCACACGGCAAUAAGAACGGAGAGAGUGCGAGCGGGAUAGAAAGCAGUCGCCAAAACCGAACGGACUUCCAACUGCGAGCGCUUCCAGUGCAGCUUCCACAACUGCAACGUGCCAAGAAUCGAAGAACAAUCAAAUACAUUCCAAAUACCCAACUAAGUACACAAGUUUCUAUUACCAAGCAAGCAAACAGUGAUUGAUAGAUAGUUCUCCCAAUUUUUUUCCUGUUUCAAAAUUUUUAAAGUCGUCAAACUGGGACCUAUGAGUCCGAUAAAUGUUUAGUGCUGCGUUCCAUAAACAAACACUAAAAAUAUAAUCCGUUAAACAAAUCGUGCCCGUCUAACCGUCGCGUCAAUCCUCCAACUAUUGUGUUAUCAUGGACGACUCCAUGGUGUAGCCCAAAACCCCGCCAUCAGCCAAACCACACAGUUUUAAACUCGAUCCCCAGAGAUCUCUCACCCACAACAAGCAGGCAAGGCAAGGUCGUCCAACGCCAAAACAAUCUAAAACCAACUUCACAUACACAUCCGGAUACGACAGCAACAUACGUCGUAGCUAAUAAACAUGAGCCUGAAUCAGCACAGUGGACCCGGCCCGCCGUCGGAGAUCUGCGGAUUAUCGGUGGACCAGGUGGACUCUUCGGCCUCCUCCCCCUUCAUCUGGCCGAGCACAGCGGGUAUGUGCGCUACGACCACCACAACAUCGACCAAUGGGGACGGCACCGCAGAAGCCCCAGUGAAACAUCAGCCUCUCCACAACGGCGGUUGGAUCGGAAAUGGUCUUCCGCCGGCGCCCGUGACGCGGACCAUAUCAUCGGAUCGCCUGGUCACCGGCAGCUCUUGUCGGGCACUGCGCACCGCCGUUUCAGCAUUAUACUCCGUGGAUGACUUCGUCAAGGAGAAAAUUGGAUCGGGAUUUUUUUCGGAGGUUUACAAGGUCACACAUCGUACAACCGGCCAGGUGAUGGUGCUCAAGAUGAAUCAGUUGCGGGCCAAUCGACCGAAUAUGCUGCGGGAGGUGCAGCUGCUGAACAAACUCUCGCAUGCGAAUAUAUUGAGCUUCAUGGGCGUUUGCGUGCAGGAGGGCCAACUGCACGCCCUGACCGAGUACAUCAAUGGCGGCUCCCUGGAGCAGCUGCUGGCCAACAAGGAGGUGGUGCUCAGCGCCACGCAGAAGAUAAGACUGGCGCUGGGUAUAGCGCGCGGCAUGUCCUACGUUCACGACGCAGGCAUCUUUCACAGGGAUCUGACGAGCAAGAAUGUACUUAUUCGCAAUCUGGCCAACGAUCAGUACGAAGCCGUAGUGGGGGACUUUGGUCUAGCCGCAAAGAUACCAGUCAAGUCCAGAAAGUCACGCCUGGAGACAGUCGGCUCUCCGUAUUGGGUUAGUCCGGAGUGCCUGAAGGGCCAAUGGUACGACCAGACAAGCGAUGUUUUCUCCUUCGGCAUCAUUCAGUGCGAGAUCAUAGCCCGCAUCGAAGCGGACCCGGAUAUGAUGCCGCGCACGGCGUCUUUUGGAUUGGACUACCUGGCAUUUGUAGAAUUGUGUCCGAUGGAUACUCCUCCUGUGUUUUUACGUCUGGCCUUCUACUGCUGUCUGUACGAUGCCAAGAGCCGACCCACGUUCCACGAUGCCACCAAAAAGUUGACUUUGCUGCUGGAGAAAUACGAACAUGAGUCGUCGGCUGGAGCGAGCCCACUCAGUUCACUGGAGCUGAUCAACAGCUCUCCAGGAGGCAGCGAUUCGGAAAAUGUAACGUUGACUCCCCGGGCAUCAGUACCCACGGUGGCCACUAUUUGUACUGCUCCUGCUGGCACUUUAACUCCGCGCCACCUACAGGAAGUGGACGAGGACGGCUUCCGAUUUCCAAGUAAAAAGUCUGCCUCGGCUGCGCUUCCGGCCACGCCUAAUGGGUCUGCUGGAAGCAAUGGCUUUGAUGAUCAUGUACUGAAGUCUAGGGUGCGACGGGCUACUCAGAAAUUGGAGGCCGAGAUCCUGUUGCACCGGCGGUCGCUAAGCGAAAACAUCAUCCACUUCCCCAUGCACACGUCGCCCAGUGACAAGGCGCGAUGUCAUCAGAUGCAGCGCCAGCGCUCAUCCACUCACUCACCAACGCCCCCAAGGCAGCUUUCCUCUGUUCAGUUGCCCGCCACGUCUAUUCCAGAUCCCCCACCACUUCCCAAACCCGUCCCUGCUGUACUCACGUUGCGCAAAGUGGGCGAAACGAUGUGUCUUAAGGAUCCACAGUACAAGCCGACAUCCGAAAAGGAUCACAACGGCUCUAAACCGAAUCCGUUUGAAGCGCUGGCGCAGCUGCGUGGUGUUAAGAAAAUCCUGGACGCCAAUCCUAAGACCUAUGCAGCAGGGGUGGGAGAUCUAUUCAGCUCAUGCUUCGAGAUGCUAGCGCCGUUCUUUAAAGAGCUGGCCGCAAUGCAGAGCAAAGCGGUGGCUCAGGGUGGUGGAACGAGUACGGAUGAAACUGCAACAGGGAAACUUAAUGAAAGGGCAUCGGCAGCCACGCCCAAUGAACCAAAGAGCCUGCCAGUGUCACCGCAUAUGACGCGCAAAUACAGCGCCAUCGAGCUUCGACUUCCUCAGCGAUUCAGUAAUGCUGCUCCUCCAGCAGUUACCAAUGCUCCACCACCAACAACUUUGCCAGCCGAUGAGGAUGACUGCGAUGAUUGCAACUCGGAAGGAGAGGAUCCCGAUGGCGGUGGCAACUGUGCAGAUGCGGAAUCCAGCAGCGAUGACAGCGCCGUGCGUCCGGCCACUGUCCCAACCGCUCGAAAAUAUCGCGCGAAUUCCUUGUAUACGCAUCCGCUUUUUCGCGGUCCCAAUGGCACCAGCAUGAAAAGUACCAGUACCAGUGAAUUCGAGAGCCCAACUCUACUAAAGGCCAGCGCAUCUACAAUCACGUUGACUGCAUCAGUGGGUGCGUCCAAUUCGUGUGAGGAUCUGACUGAAAGCGCCAAGAAAUCGAAAGACCAAGCGGGUAGCGGUGCAACAGCCGCGGCGCAGGCUUUACCCACUCCCAUGUCUGGCUGCUCAACCAGGUUGGUGGAAACUCCGGUGUCCGUGUCAUCCUGCGCUGAUCUUGGGCUCGACGAACUGAAAAACACCUGCGAUCUUAACGAAUUAAAGAACUCGUGUGAGCAGCUUCCCUUAAAGACGAACCUAACAAGGCGGGACUCUAUAGAAAGUGGCUUCUUCUCGUGCUUCAACGAAGAGUCCGAUGCGGCGAUAACCAACAACAGUUUUGGACGGCAGCUAAACGGGAUUGGUUCGUUGGGGUUUGGUUGCGGCGGCGGGGGCAACAGUAGCAACUGUUGCUAUGAGAAGUUGAAGACGCAGCUUAUGCUCGAUGCAUGCGUCAGCGCAGAUAGUGAAAUCAACGAUAAACUGGCGAGUUUGUGUCGCUGCUGCUACUAUGCCACCUCGACAUCGAACGCCGCCGUAACUGCAGCCGCUGCUGCGGUCCAACAACAACAGCAGAGCCACUUGCUCAACGACACGUCCUCGACAUCCUCGUCGGUGCUACUGAUCGACAAUGAUCCCGCUGCGAUCGGGGGAAAUACCUCAUCUUCCACAGCGUUGGACUCGAUGGAUGACUUGGACGCCGACAUUGUGGCAUCGCGGCGCACACACCAGCGACGUUACACUUGCCACCAUGCGUUGCUCAGCGGGAACGGCAGCGAAUCCCAAAUGGCGGCUACAGCGGGUCUGAUCAAUCGACUGGCUCUGGACUCAGAGAUUCAUACUCUGCUUCAGCGCAGUCCUUUUGCAACGAAUCAAUUAUUGUACUGUAAGAACCGCACCUCGUCCAUCUACACGGAUAGCUCCGAUGAUAUAAGUAGCUUGGCAGGCUCUGAUUCCCUGCUCUGGGACGACCGCUCGUUCACGGCACUGCCCAGCACAAGAUCCGCACAGAUCGCCAAGAUAGUGGAGUAUUUUGAGCGGAAGCGACAGGACUCCUCGCCGCCAUCGGUACACCAUCGCAAUGGGAACGGGACGGUAGCAGCUGCCGUGGCUGCCUCUGCCCUGGGUUCCAACUACCUUUCCUACGAGUCGCGUCGAUAUUCUGACUUCAAGCGGCAUCUGAACGCAGAUGCCCUGUGCUUCGAUCUGGACAAGAAGCCUGCGCAGCAAAGAAUGAUGGUGUGCGAAGGUGCAGUCAAGUCGAAGCUUCCCAUAUUCGACAAAAAGAAGCAACAGCAAGGCGGCUAGCUGGGGGACCUUGUUAUGACAACCCCGACCUGAUACAUAUUUAAUAACUUACUUGUUAAGUCUCCCUGACUUAGUUCGAUUCUGUGAGAUUUGUAUCCCCACAUACGAUUCCUUUAUACCUGGCAGUACCACUUGAUAAAAAUACAAAAAAUAAUCGCAAAUAAUUUUGCGCUGAAAAGUUGGUUAGUUUUAAAUGCGUAAAAGUUUAAUUUAUAAGUAAAUAGUUGAUUUCCUUAUUGUCAAGGGUAUAGAGCGCAAUUGCAAGUAAGCCAAAAUGUUCUACGAAAAAUAAGCAUGCUCUUACAAUAAGCAAACCAAUUUCGUUUGUAUUAGUUGAAAAAUUGUAUCUAAUUACCAUUUAUAAGCAUAUACAUAAACAUAAUCAUACGUCGUACUGGUUCCUAGUCCUUCAAAUUUACUUCGCUACAUAUAUUAUGCUAAAUUAGCGAGUAUUCAAAAACCAAUCAUGGAAAGUAUUUAUUCUUAAUAAUUAUAUCUGUCGCUGGUAAACUCCUAUGAAAUGGCGUAGCUGUUCUUUAUGAAUACAUUUACAUAUAAUUUUAAAUUUAUCACGCUAUUUAUUUGAUUCUGUAUAAAAAUAUUAUGUUUAAAAUACAAUACAAAUAUACACACAUUUAUACAUAAAAUGGCAUAUUGCAAUAUAUACGGUUUACCUGUAACGAUUAAUUUAAAUACGUAGGCUUACCAACUUGAGGUUUUAAGACUUGAUGCCCCUUUCCCUCGAAAAUUGUACAGAUGAUCGCGAUCAAUUUAAGAAGCAAGACCACUUAUCAUUGGUCAAUCCAGUUCGGCUUAAACACGACUUAUGACUAUAGUUUUAGAUUCCUAUGUUACAAAAAUGUGGUUAUCUGCAUUACAAAUAAAUACAUAGGUGUAUACAAUGCACCCAGGAGAUCAAUUUCA